UAACAACGAUACUAUAAAUCAUUAAAAAAAAUUGUCAAAAUCUUAAUAACGAUAUUGUAUAUCAUCAAUAAUUUCAUUCACAAACGUUACUAAACUUUUUGUAUGUUAUUACUAAUUCCUUUUAAUACCUCUAUUGUACAUGAUCAUUAAUUCAUUCACAAGUGUUAUAGAAAUUGUAUAUCAUUAAUAAUUCAUUUCAAAAUGUUAAAACCUUAUUGUAUAUCAUCAAUAAUUUAAUGAUGAAUUGUAUAUCGUUAUUAAUUACCUUCAUAGCGCUAUUGUAUACAAUUAAUAGUUUUUCCUACAAACGUUAACAACGAUAUUGUAUAUAAUUAAAAUUUAUCGUCAACACGUUAAUAAUGAGGGGCUAAUAACAUAACUUCCAUUAUUAGUUUAAAAUAUAACACUAAUACGAACCCUAUUAAAACAAGCUCCAUAACUUAACCUUAACUUUGUAUUAGUUAAAAAUAAUACUAAUACGUUAAUUACUAUGGGGUGGUAAACGAAACAAUAACAAGAACCGAUAUCAAGAGUUAGUGGUUAAGCAAUAAUUAAUAAUUUCUUAGUGAUUCGAUUUUGGUUGGCAGUAUUUUGUUUAGUGGUUAACUAAUAAGAAAUCGAUUACCACCUACUAGUAUAACUAGGGCUGGCAUUUCGGUUUGCGGUUAGCGGGUAACCGCCGGUUUUAAUCGAAAACCGCCGGUUACCAGCUAACCAAAAACCGAUCGGUUACCUUGACGGUCGGUGGUCAGAUGGGAAAAGGAUGGGGUCGGUUGACCGAGUAACCGACGGUAAUUAACCGCGGUUAUCCGACUAACCGGGCCAACCAAGACCCACUUCACCUUCCCCAAAAUAUGUCCAGAUUCAUCCCAUUCCCAAAUCUUAAAUAAAAAAAAAUCCCAAAUACAGGAGGAAGAAGAAGAAGAAGAAGAAGAAGAAGAAGAAGAAGAAGAAGCAGAAAGAGGGUGAAGAAGAAGAUCCUCCGCGCCCUCCCCAAGCAGACCUUCUCCACCGACACAGCGGCCAAAUUCUCCGAUUGCGCCAUCUGCCUCGCCGAAUUCGCGGUCGGGGAUGAGUUCCGGGUGCUCCCGCAGUGCGGCCACGGCUUCCACGUGGACUGCAUCGACACCUGGCUCGGCAACCAUUCAUCCUGCCCUUCCUGCCGACAAAUACUCGUCGUCAACCCGUGUCAGAAGUGCGGCGGCGUGCCCCCGAGCUCCUCGUCCCCUGCGGAGGAGGUGGAGCGGAAACGGAGGCGAGAUUGAAGGCGCGAGGCGGCGGGAGGCGGCGGUGACGGGAGGAUGUGGAUGACGGUGACGGGAGGCGGCGGUGGUUGUGACGGGAGGCGGCGGUGGUUGCUGGGGGCGGAGGGUUUUAGGGAGAGAGAAGAGAAUUGAGAGAGGUAGGGAGAGAGAAGGAAGAAGAAGAAUCGGGAAGUGAGAGGGCCGAGGGAUAAGGAGUGACUAAUGAGUGGUGCAGAAUUUUCGGAUUUUUUUUUUUUUUUUUAAGAAAAGGUAAUUUCCGGUUGGCCGGCUAACCGAGCCUAAAACCGAAACCGACCGGUCGGUUGGCCGGCUAACUGACUGCUCUAAAACACAACACCUAACAAUGGCCAAGUGUAACCAAUGGAAGGGACUGCAGUAUAGUGGCUCAAGUGAUAAAUAUCGAAUCCACGGGUCUCUAGAGUUACUAUUACUCAGCUUCAGUUUAUUAUUUAGCAAACCAGGUCAAGAUGAAAGAACUAAAACUACUCUAGCAAACUACAGUUAAGUUAAUCUAAUUACAGGUUGGGAACUCACUUAGGUAUGAUUCCCCCUAGCCACUAGCCAGAUUAACGAUUGAUGAUCUCUAACCUGUUUCACUUUCAUUCACAAUGCGGAGAAUCCUUGACUAAACCUUGAGUCUCGACUAAAGGAACAAGGCCCUCUUGAGUCAAUUGCCUAGAGGGACGUAUCCUUCUCUAGAACAACUGAUCAAGGCGUUCUGAACUAGACUCCCUCUAUCGAAAGAGGUUCUCAAUCGAUACAAAGCAGUGAAUCAACCCUCGACUAAAGUAAUCGAUCCACUACUAUCAAUCUAUGGUGCUCUAUUGACCUAAUCAGGUAUUCCCUCUCAUAGGAUCAAAGCAGAAUCAAUAAUCUCGACUAAAGCAGAAUUGAAUCAUGAAAACAUGCAUAGAUUGAAUAUGAACUCAAGAUUAUCCAGUCAGAGUACUCAUACAAUCAUCCAAUCAAACAAACAUAGCUAGGGUUCCUCAAAACCUAAGUGAAGGGAAGUUACUCCAUAGAGAAGAGAGAGACUGCAGUAAGAAUCUUCAGAUGAUCAGUCUUCAAGUCCGGGCUUGUUCCUCGAGCUUCCAAGGCGAAGAAAUCCUCCAAUUCCACUCCAAGAAUGCCCUCAAAUCGCUCUCUCUCUCUUUGGUUCGUCCCUUGGGUGUUUGGGAUCCAAAAACCCAGCUCUCCUCUUCUCCUUUGGCUGAAAAUCGGGUUUUAAGCAGAAAAUCCCGACUCACACGGGCAGGGUGGCACGGCCGUGUGGCUUACCCAGUUGCCCGUGUGAGUCAAAACGCUGCGUUCCAAUUAGUUCGAAUUCCAGGCUCUUUGCACGGCCAGAGUGGCACGGCCGUGUGAACUUCCUCUUUGCCCGUGUUUGCUCACGCAGAAUUCCACACGGCCGUGUGGAUGUCCUGCUCUGCCCGUGUUUGCUCUCGGCGAAACUCGCACGGCCAGACUACUCCUUCACACGGCCGUGUGAUCAUCAGGGCAGCCCGUGUGACCUCCUUUGUGACUUGUCUCGCGCCCGAUCUUCGCCCAAUCGACCCCGAACUCGCUCCUAAACCUUCAUUCACUUGCCAGGACCUGAAAUAUCACAAACAAGCACAACCUAGCGUGAAAUCGGUCUAAAACACGAGAAACCACAUCUCAAACGGUGUAAGAACAGGGGUGAAAACAUGUGUAACUAACGGUCUAUCAAACUCCCCCACACUUAACCGUUUGCUUGUCCCCAAGCAAACCUAACUCAAACCAAUGCAACUCUCCAGACCUCUAUAGCAACAAACAACCCAGAUCGUAGGUAGAGGACUUCCUAGAUCAUUUAACAACUUACGAGGUCAACCGACGCACAAGUCAUCUCAUAGCUUCUUCGGCGAGUCGGCAUCAUGGCUAACAGUGAACAGAGGACAAAUGAAUCGUGGAUGGAGAGAUUCUCAAAAACAAAGGAUCAUGGACUCA